AUGGACAUGUCCAAGCUCGCUGGCAAGGACUUCUACGAGAAGGCCUCGCCUGAGGAUCGGGCGAUGGAACUUGUCUGGAUGAAUGGGGCAGCGAAUCUCGCCAACACCGGCAAUGAGAUCAUCCUACCUUUCAAUGUCGCUACAAAGUUGGGAGCAGACAAUGUCAGCACGAUCGCGAAUCGCCUUUCAAAGCUCUUCGAUCAGAAAUGCGUGCUCAUCAAAGAUCCCUCGAUCUCAGUGUAUCGCAUUGCUCCAAGGACCAAAUUUGUGGAUGGUGUUCCUCUCCAGCCUAUGGAUACCGAAGACCAUUGGCUCAUCUCCCGCGAAGUCCAUCAGGCGGUACGAAAUGGAGUCAAGAUCCCGCUUGUGUCUCCUCGAAUUCCACGACCCCCGAACUCUUUUAUUCUUUACCGACAGCACCACCAUCAUACCGUGACUGCCGAGAAUCCUGGUGUUCAGAACACCCAAAUCUCUCGUAUCAUCGCCGAGAUGUGGCGCAAUGAAACUGCUGAGGUUCGAGCACGGUUCAAAGAUCUCGCGGAUGAGAAGAAAAGACUUCACUCGCAGGCCCAUCCCAAUUAUCAGUAUGCCCCUCGACGCCCUUGGGAAAGAGCCCGGCGCUCCCCCAAGAUUCAUGCAAGCACUGUCCCAUUUAUUUCUGCAUUCCCAGGAGGACAGCCUCGACUCACUGAAGCUUGGAACAAAACCAAUGGCUGGAUUGAUGUUGACGGAGACUUCAUUGACCUUCUUGAUCACGCCAAUCUUAUCUAUGGUCCCAAUACUGUGGCACCUUACAAUCAGCCUGACAACAUUGACUUCGAUGAAAUCCUUCGGCAGCAGCUGGAGCGCUACCCGCUGGAGACUGUUCACUGGGAGCCCCUGCAAGGCAACGAGUUCGAUGAUACCUUCCCCAUCGAUCAGCUCCUUAACCUUCCGGGCAGUAACUAA